AGUUUAUAUAACGUUAUUAUAUUAUUUUUUUUAUUCAAUAUAUCACGUGAUUCCAUAAUACAUCCUUUAUGCUCGAGAUAUUGUUGUAGAAAUUUUAACCUAGAUUUAUAUAGUUAUUUAUACCUGCCUUUCACUACAGACAUGGUUAUAAAGAUAUGAUUUUAGUUUGUUAAAGUAUUGCAAGUCAUCUGAUUUCUGUAACUAAUGUUAUAUGAUGACUGUAUGUUGUAAUGGUAAAUCAUCUGAUUUCUGUAACUGAUCUUAUCUGACGACUGUAUGUUGUAAUGGUAAAUCAUCUGAUUUCUUAACUGGUGUUAUCUGACGACUGUAUGUUGUACUGUCAGUGCAAUGUCUUGGUGAUACCUUCAUACAUAAACGAUCAUCAAACAAAAGAAAUAUGGUUUCCUUAACGGACUCAUCUAAGAGAAGAACAGAUGGACGGAUAAACAGACCAGGCACCCACUCUCCCGAUUUCUACCAACUUCAAAAUUUAUUGUUACAAGAACAAGCUUCUUCAACUCAUUUACCACAACGGUUAGCACCCGGAAAGGCCAUGGUGCACAUGUCAAACUUUAAAGACUACCAUGACCAGAGUGGUAACAAGAAUGCGUUACUGGAAGCUUGUAGACAUGGUUCAGUUGCUGAUGUUAGACAUUUAAUAGAUCAGGGUACAGAUGCCAACAGUAAAGACGUACAUGGUAGAACAUGUAUCUUACUUUGUAGUACAUCACUCAUUGAACCCAUUGAAAAAAUAGACUUUUUACGGUCAAAGGGAGGUUAUAUUCCAGAUAUCGACGAUGAAAACAAUAGUAUAUUACAUUUGGCUUGUGAUUUAGGGACGCUAAAAACAGUUCAGUAUCUUGUAAAUAUAGGGUUAGAUAUCAACACUAAGGGGUUUAGAAGUAGAUCUUGUAUAAUGGCGUGUAGUCAGUCUAAAACACAAGCAACUGAUAAAAUAAAAUUGUUAAGGAAAAUGGGUGGCAAUAUUCAUGAUACAGAUGUAAAAGACGAUGGUAUGUUACACUUGGCUUGUAAAUGGGGUACACUUGAUACAGUAAGAUAUCUAAUUAAUCAAGGCCUGGAUAUCAAUACUAAAGGGAGAUAUGGAAGAACAUGUAUAUUGUUAUGUAGUCAAUCUGAAACACAGGCCAUUGAGAAAAUAGAACUCUUGAUGUCAAAGGGGGUUAAUAUUUAUGAUACUGAUACCUAUAACUGUGGUAUGUUACACUUGGCUGGGAUGGCUGGUACACUAGAGACUGUCCGAUAUCUGACAGAUCAGGGACUGAACGUGAACGCGAAAAAUAUUAAUGGCCAAACAUGCAUCUUAAAAUGUGGUGCAAGUCAUACACAAGCCAUUGAGAAAAUAGAACUGCUAAGGUCAAAUGGAGGUAAUAUUUAUGAUAAGGAUAAUGAGAGGGAUGGCAUGUUACACAUGGCUUGUGCUGAUGGUACAUUAGACACUGUAAGAUAUCUGGUAGAUCUAGGAUUAGAUAUAAACGCUAAAGGUUUUAAUGGUAGAACAUGUUUGUUACAUUGUGGUCAAUCUGAAAUACAACCUAUUGAUAAAAUAGAGUUUUUAAGGCUAAAAGGAAGUAAUAUUAAUGAUACAGAUAAUUACAGUGAUGGCAUUUUACAUUUGGCGUGUGCUUUUGGUAAAUUAGAUACAGUUAGACAUCUGGUAGGUCUAGGGUUGGAUAUAAACGCUAGAGGUUUUAAAAGUAGAAGAUGUGUCCUACAAUGCAGUCAAUCUUAUAUACACGCCACUGAGAAAAUAGAAUUUUUAAGGUCAAAGGGGGCUAUUAUUAAUGAUAGGGAUGACCAAAAUAAUGGUAUGUUACACUUGGCUUGUGCCUGUGGUACAUUAGGUACUGUAAAACAUCUGGUAGAUCUAGGAUUAGAUAUAAACACUAAAGGCUUUAAUGGUAGAACAUGUAUCUUACAGUGUAGUGAAGCUAAAACACAAACUAUUAAGAAAAUAGAAUUUUUAAGGUCAAAGGGAGGUAAUAUUAAUGACAGGGAUGAUAAAAAUAAUGGUAUGUUACAAAUAGCAUGUGCUUUUGGUAAAUUAGAUACAGUUAGACAUCUAGUAGGUCUAGGGUUAGAUAUAAACACUAAAGGUUUUCAUAGUAGAACGUGUAUCCUACAGUGUAGCCAAUCAAGAACAGACCCCAUUGAGAAAAUAGAAUUAUUACGGUCAAAGGGAGGUAAUAUUUAUGAUAUUGAUGAUAAGAACCGCGGUAUAUUAGACUUGGCUUGUAUAUCGGGUACAUUAGACACAGUAAGAUACCUGAUAGAUCUUGGGUUGGAUGUCAACACUAAAGGUAUUAAUGGCGUAACAUGCAUCUUAAAGUGUGGUGCAAGUCAAAUACAAUCCAUUGAGAAAAUAGAAUUGUUAAGGUCAAAAGGGGGUAAUAUUGACGAUAGGGAUGAUGAUAAUAAAAGCAUAUUACACAUCGCUUGUGCUUUUGGUACAUUAGACACCGUUCAGUAUCUAGUACAUCUGGGACUAGAUCCAAACAGUAAAGAUAAAUCAGGAAACACGCCUGUUUCAUUCAUGUUAAAGUCUGGUGUACAAUCUCCUAAAAAACUUAAAUAUUUAAUAUCAGCAGGUGCCAAACUGUCAUGGCUCGAGCGGUUAACAUUCGUGUAUCAUUCUUUAUUUUAACAGCUCCUUGAUUGAGUCGACUGACGUGGUUUCGAAUCCCCGGUCGUACGUUUCAAUGAGUAAGGUCGCCUGUCCAACCUCGUGGGUUUUCUCCGGGUCCUCCGGUUUCCUCCCACUGCUAAAGACCCCUAUGCGCAAGCGAAUUAUUUAAAUAAAAUUAAACCAUAUGUUAGUCCCGAAAUGACCUAGUUUGUGUCGAGUGGACGUUAAACCCCAUUUCUCUCUCUCUCUCUCUUUAACAGCUCCAUCAAACACAUUUUCCUGUAUUUAACAUUUAUAUUUAUAGUUUUUAACAAUCUGAUUAAAACACAGAUCCUAUUUAGUUUCGUUUUUUUAUAGUUCAAAAUUUCUUUUAACUUGACUUUACUACACUAGGAUCUGGAAGAGUUAUUAUCAUUGACGUGUUCUGGAUGAUGUCAGGGAUUAGACAAUGAAACGGUCUGUUACGGCGAGUUCUUGCCCUUUUGAUCCACGGAAUUGUGGGUAAACCACUGGAAACGCCAACGCUGAUUGAUUAAUCAAUGUUCGAAGUCAUAAGGUCAAAAGCCGUUCUCUUUGACCCCUGACGUAAACCCCCAUUAUAACUUGUCAGAUCUUUAUGUAGUGUAGGCCAUCGAAAGUAUAAAAAAAACCGAAACGAAAUAUAGAUCUGUAUUUUAACCAGAUUGAGUUUCUGUGAUAUUUGCUUUUAUUUGUGUACAUGAAUACUUUGUGAUAUUGUAUAGUUUGUCUCAUACUAUUCACCAUAUGUUUGGCACAAUAUAGCCUGUUUGGAGCUGUCUUGCCAAAAAAGUCUUUUUCAUUCACUCACUCAUUCGCUAUCUCGUCGUAAAGCAGUUUUAUUCAAGUUGACAUAAAGUUCAUGUAAUAUA